AUGCGCAAAUUUUUCAGAAAGCUCCUCGGAAGAUCCGACUCUGGAGCCUCUUGUCCUACAAAACAACGGCUCCAAAGGAUCGAAUGGUACAGACAGUACCUGAAGUUCGCCGAGAGGAAUUUUGACAAAAGGUUCGCGGAAGCUCAUCAAUGUCCGAGGGAAGAUAUCAAGAACUUCAGAAUUCUGGGUCUAUUGGGCGAGGGCAGGUACGCUUCAGUGGUACACGCGAAAGAUCGCGACGCAAAUUCUGAUUUCGCAAUCAAGGUGGUUAACAAGGAGAGGACUGUGCUGAACAGAACGGCGCAGAAAAUAAUCCAAGAGAAAAAAAUUCUGUACGCCGUCGACUUCGAGUUCAUUAUCAAACUGAACUUUGUCGGCAAGGAUUUCGCGAACGUCUACUUCUUCAUGGAACUCGCACCGUGCGGGGAUUUGAGUCAAAUCACGGAUAGAAGGGAAAAGGUGGUGAGAUGUUUCGCUGCACAAAUUAUCCUGGCAAUAGAAUAUUUACACGCCUGCAAUGUUUUGCAUCGCGACAUAAAACCGGCCAAUGUUCUCCUGUUUCCUGAUGCUCAAGUGAAAUUGGGCGACCUGGGAUCAGCCGUCCCAGUUAAGAAAUGCGUCUACGGUGUCUGCGGAACUCCAGAGUACAUGGCGCCAGAAGUUGCUUCGAACUCGGGAUACAGAGACGGAUGCGAUUGGUGGGCUUUCGGGGUGACACUGUUCGUGCUAUUGUUCGACAAGUACCCAUUCUUCGGUUUCAUGCACCGACCGUGGACGUUCCCGACGGCUCCCAACGUGAGUUCCGAUGUCAAAGAUCUGAUCAAAGGCCUACUCAAAGAAGAUCCAGCGAAACGUUUCGGUGUUUGCAUAAAUGGAAAAACAGACAUCAAGGAACACUCUUGGUUCCGGGAGGUGAAUUUCGCCGAUGUAUUCGACAGGAGAACGAAGGUCCACGUCUCAGGUAGCCAUAAAGUCGAAGCCGUAAAGUUGGGUCUGGAGGAUAUUUGCCCGCCACCUCAGGAAGAUCGCUACCAGAUCAGGAGUAUUGUAACACGAGUGAGCAGAGAUCGAGGGAAUUUAAUAAACGCGUCACUGACACUCCUCCGCACGUCUCAGACGGCGACUGUUGUCCCAUCAUUCGACAGACAAACAUCAGAGCUGUGCGGAACAGAAGUGAGCUGA